AUGGACAGGCGAAACCAGGAUUCUUCCAAGCAGAGCUCUGAAUCCAAUGCGAGCUCCAACUCGACUUCGCAUACGUCGCUUAAGAAUAUUAACAAUACUGGAGCCCCCAAGAUCCAUAUAGAUGAAAGUACGGAUGGUGCAUCUCAGUACAAAUUGUAUUUGAAAAUUAAUGCUAAUCGGGCAGCAGAUUUGGUCAACACAUCAGACAGCGAGAAGGAAGCGAGCUCAACUAGACAUUCGUCAAAGAAGUACGUUAACCCGGUGCUUGUUGCCAAGAUCAAUGACCACAAGAAAGCGACGCAGAGAAAAACCAAUACGAAUCAGCCAAGUUGGGACGAUGAGUUGAGCAUUCCCUUGAAUCGAGGAGACUUGACAUCAAUUCUAGUGAUUUCUGUAUGGGACAAACAUAAAAGAUACAAGAACUACCUUGGUGAAUUAAGGUUGAGUUUAGAAAAGUUGUUCUUCAAAAAUGAUGGAACUUUCAUAGAAAAGACUGAGUUGAAAUGGUAUGGUCUCAGCUCCAACUCUACAGUUCACGCCUUCGUCACCGGAUCAGUUCUACUCUCGUUUGAGUUGUUUGUGAAAAAGAGAAUGUCGCGUGCACCUAGAGGCAAAGGAGGUGUAGGGGCAAACAUUGCUGCACAAAUGCAAGGCUUCAGACUAAACGUAACAGAACAAGAGUUCAGAGCUUGGUUGCGAAGCUUAAUUGAACCGGAUUCAAAAGCGCUUCAUCUGUUGACACCAGAUGAGCAAGGAUUUUACGAUGAAGCAAUGACAGAUGUAUCUGAAACGGAGUCGUUAGCCACAAAAAAGUCCGCGUCGUCUGGGUUGAGUAAUGGCAAGCCGCUGGAUAGCUUCAAGAAGAGCAGUUUUCUUGGUGUUCGAGGCAACGACAAGUACGCAAGCUCUUUGUCCGAGCAGUCGUCUUAUUUGUCUACUGAUGGUUACAGUGAUGGGAACUUGUCUCAGGGUGGAGAUGACAAAAGAGAGAGGCCGAAGAGGAGAUUGGGUAUUAGAAGAACCAAGCCCACUCGUGAAGAGGCUUCAAAGGAUGCUUUUGAAUUGAGGGGACGUCAAGUAUUGGGUGUUUUGUUCAUUGAGAUUGUUUCUUGUGAAGACCUACCACCCAUUUCAAACUUCACUCAUACCAGCUUUGAUAUGGAUCCGUUUGUGGUGGUGACUUUUGGUAAAAAAACUUUUAGGACAAGUUGGAAACGUCACACGUUGCUGCCAAUUUUUAACGAACGUGUUGCGUUUGAGGUUAUGGCCCAUGAGAGCAAUUACACUGUGCAGUUUUCUGUUCUUGAUAGAGAUCGAUUUUCGUUCCAUGACGAUGUGGCACACUUGAAGCUAGCACUUCGCGAUCUCAUCGAACUUUCUCCCUUUCAAUCCUUGAUGGAACACGGCGUUUCCAGCUCCGAAGCAAGUAUCAAUUUAGAGCCUGGACAAUAUACCAGCGACAAUGAUGCCACACUGAAUUCACGCGUCAAAAUAUUAGAGGACGACAAUAUUGUCAAACAGGUUAGGCGAGGAAGGUUCUCGAAUAGAAAAAAAAUUGUUGAGUCCACGGUAGACACUUCAAAGUUUAAGGUGAUGUCUUUAAGUCUUGAUUUGCACGACCAAAAAUAUUUGGGUAAAUAUUCACCAAAGUUGAAAAUUCGUGUUCGCUUUGAGACUUACAAUGAAUUGAGAAGAGAGUUUUGGAGGGUCUUGUUGAAACAGUAUGAUUUAGGUACCACCAAGGAAGAAGAGGCUUAUGAAUAUAUGGAACUAGUCUCUCUCUUGGACGCCUUAGGGUCCAAGGAUGCGGAAGCUUUAGUUGAGGAGUUUUACAAAAACUUGGGCAAGGAUGUUAUGGCAGAUACAUUAACCUAUGACGAUAUAAUCGAACAACUUGAGAUCCACGUGAGUUUAAACGAUCAAAAUUCAAAUCAAAUUUUCGUGUUUGACACAUGCCCCUUGUGUUCGCAAAAGCGACUUUCAAAAAAGCAAGAUACGGAUAUAAUUACUCAUUUUGCCAUUUGCGCCUCCAAAGAUUGGAGUAUUGUGAACAAACUUCUUGUCUCGUCUUAUGCCACACCUCGUCAUGCCACUAAGAAGUGGUACUCAAAAGCACUUAUAAAGCUUACCUAUGGGAAAUAUAAGCUAGGUGGUAACACGGCAAACAUUUUUGUACAAGAUCGGUUGACUGGAAUCAUUGUGGAGGAGAAAAUGAGUGUUUACGUUCGGUUGGGCAUCCGUUUGCUAUACAAGGGUUUGGAUAAAGCAAAAUCGACGAGGGUGAGGUUACUACUCAGUAGUCUAAGCAAAAAACAGGGUAAGAAAUUUGAUUCACCGCUGCUGAAGGCUGAUAUUGCAUCUUUCAUCAAGUUUCACAAACUCAGUCUUGAAGAUUGUUUGAUUGACAAUCCAGGCGGAUAUCCAACUUUCAACGAAUUUUUCUACAGGAAAUUGAAGCCUAAUGCACGUUUGAUAGAGGAUAAGGAAAACGAUGGGAUUGUUUCCUCUCCCGCCGAUUGUAGGUGCACUGUGUUUGAAUCCGUCAAUGAUGCAACAAAUUUGUGGAUAAAAGGAAGAAAUUUCACAUUAGCAAAAUUGUUCAAUGGUAAUUUCCAAAACUUGAAUAAAACCAAUUUGUAUCAACCUGAUCAAUGUUCAUUAGGAAUAUUCAGGCUAGCACCACAAGACUAUCAUAGAUUUCAUUCGCCAGUGUCGGGAAAAGUGGGGUCAAUCAAAUACAUCGAGGGUGAGUAUUACACAGUCAAUCCGAUGGCUAUUAGAUCGGAGUUGGAUGUCUUUGGGGAGAAUGUGCGUAGUAUCAUCCCAAUUCAUACCGAAAAGUAUGGCACUGUGAUUAUGAUUGCUGUUGGGGCAAUGAUGGUUGGCUCGAUCUGUCUUACCAAACAGGAAGGCGAUUCAAUUGAACGAGGGGAAGAAGUUGGAUAUUUCAAGUUUGGUGGAUCAACGAUCAUAUUAUUAUUCGACAAGACCAAGUUUCUGUUUGAUGGGGACUUGUUGUCAAACUCCAAAUCGUGCAUUGAAACUUUGGUCCGUGUGGGACAAUCGAUUGGGCAUUCUCCUGACGUGAGUGAGUUCCAAAGAGAUCAUGUUGAUUUUGAUCAGUUACCACAAACUACUAAGUUGAAAUUGAUUCGUGUUUUGACUGGUGGUGAUUUAACUGAUAAGCAUCAAUUGAGUAACUGGGAGGCAAGGAGAACGGAAAUGGAAGCCGACGAAGAGGAGGACAUAUAUGUGUCUGAUUCCAACAUGAGUUUUGGGGGCGAAUCCUCGAUGGAUGAAGAAGGAUCCAUUGCAUCGCGUUAG